AUGCCCAUCCCCGACGCAAUCAACGCCCUCAUUGUCCUCUCAAUAAUCAACGGCGCGGCUAUUGCCAGCCUCUCCCUUCGUUACAUCUCAUCCUACAACGCGCGACCAGAGUUUGCAUACGUAUGGGGCCUCAUAGCGCUAACGACCUUUCACCACGCAUACGUGUACGACGAGAGCGGUCCUCAGAUCUCACAAACGGACAAUAAUAGACACGGAAAUACUACAGACGAGAGGAGGGAUGUGUACCCACCGGCCCUCCUGCAAACACUCCAUCUCAGCUACGUUUUCAUCCUUGCGAUGAUGUGGGUCGUCUGGGCAUGGAAUCCCCUCAUCCUGGAGCUCCUCCGGCCAUAUCGACUACUUGACCUGCUCAUUCCAGGCGUCGUCCUGGGAAUUUGCGCAAUGGUCGAGGGUGCCUUGCUCUGGAUAAUAUUUGGGCUCUGCUUGGCACAACGUCGCGCAGAGCUCAUAGAGUCACUUAUGAGACGAUCACAGAGUGAACUGGAGAAAGAGCCUGAAGAUCCGCGGUUGGAGGACGUUGCUGGAGAAAAGGAUAGUGAUGACGGGAGCUAG